AAAAGAAGAGUAACCUCUGCAAAACAUAGGAAAAAGACUUAUGAAAAUCUAUUCAAGAAACGAGUGAGACUGUUUGGGAAGUGGCGUUGUGGCGGUGGGUGGAACCACUUUUUGUUGCGGUGGGACAGGACGGGGGGACGCACCACCUAUAGUCCUUUACUUGGCUGCACAUCACGCGGCUCACCACGCCUGACGCAGCCGCUGCUCUUCUGGGAAUUAUGGUGUGAACGAUGAAAGCACUGAGGCCUUGGACCCUCAACUCCCAGCUGCUGGUGGCCAUACAAAAUAAUGACGUUCCUCGAGCACAUCAGCUUUUUCAGGCUGGUGUUGACACAGACACACGCUUCUCUAUAAACUCCCAGAAGCGGCCUGCCCUCUGCUUGUGUGUGGAAAACAAUGCCUCUGACAUGGUCCAGCUCCUGGUGGAAUUAGGAGUCAGCAUCAAUCAAGGAGAUUCUGUAGGCCUGACUCCACUUCACCUUGCCUGUACACAUGGCUACCCUAACCUUGUUGGGCUUCUCCUGAAGGCUCGUGCAAAUGUGAAUGCCCGUAAUCACCAAAACCGUACUCCGCUCCAUCUAGCAGCUAUGAGAGGCAAUCAAGUAAUAACAGAUAUGUUACUAUCCCAUGGAGCAAAUGUCAAUGUUAUUGAUGAAGAUGGUCGCACACCACUGCACUGUGCUGUUUCUUCAGCUAAUUCUGAAAUUGCUGAACUAUUGUUAGCAGCUCAAGCAUGCCCCACAGAGGUGGACAUAUGGGGCAAUACAGCACUACACUAUGCUGUUGAUGUGAGUGGUGUUAAGGCCUCUACUGUGCAAAAACUGUCUAAAACUUUCCCUGAGGCUGUCAGUGUUGCAAACAGUGGCAUGGAGACACCAUUGCACAUUGCUGUUCGCAGUGGUCGCCACGAUGCAGAGGAUGUCCUGAGAGCCAUUCUAGAAGUUACCACCAAAGUUGCCCUAAACACCCAAGGUUCUCUAGGACACACGCCUCUGCAUAUUGCUGUCUUGGAGCAUCACCUUAAGCUCCUGCAACUGCUUCUCACUGCAGGGGCUGACACCAACACAGAAGACCAUCUGGGACAUAGCCCAUUAGUGUCAGCAGCCAGGGAUGAGAACCUAGGUGCUGUGGCCCUGCUGGUGGCAGGAGGAGCUCGCACUAAACAGUUAAUACAGGGUGGUGUUGUAGAGAGUGACAUACACAAUAUGGGCAUUCGUACGCUACUAGAGGAAGCAACACGGCAACCACCACAGCUCUCAGGACUUUGUCGACGAGCCAUCACAGUCCAUCUUGGGCCUGCUGCUCUUCUAACCAUAGAAAAAGCUACCUUGCCAUCUGUAUGGCGAGAAUUUCUUACUUUUCAGUCAAUCAGUAUCUGAGUAGUUUCAUAAUGUAUACUGUAGUUGAUAAUUGUUAUCUUUACAAAAUUUUAGAUCUGAACUUUCUCAUGGAUAUUACAUAAUAAUUACAUGUAUCAAAGUGGUCGUUAAAAGCAGAUAGAAAAAAAAAAAACGAAUACUGUAAGUAUCAUAUUUACUAUGGCAUCAAAAUAUGGGCAUUACUGUAAUAGAACAGUUCAUUAUAAACAACAUAAUAUACUGUAAUUCAGUAUAUAUAAAUGUUAAUUUUCAGCAGGAUCUAACAAUAUCAUAUAAUCUAAGUGCAGCCUGGCUUAAAUCAACAAGUUUGAGAUGCGAGUCCUUAUUCACCUAGAAGAGAAUAGGUAUAUGCAUAAAAUCUACCUUGCAACCUGCCAACACUGUCUAAAUGUCCCAAGCCAGGAUGUGUACUCACUCACAAAAUCUUGUAAUCAUUAAGGAGAUAUUUGUCUUCCAGUGGAUUAAUAUCCUGCUGCUGAUGACAAUGUCUCAAAAAGGAUAGUGUGGUGCUAACACACAAACAAAUCAAGAAACUAAUAUAUAUAUAUAUAUAUAUAUAUAUAUAUAUAUAUAUAUAUAUAUAUAUAUAUAUAUAUAUAUAUAUAUAUAUAUAUAUAUAUAUAUAUAUAUAUAUAUACUGCAAUUUUUUUUUUUUUUUUUUUUUUUUUUUCAAAUGAUAUAGUAGCUCUUUGACUUUGAAAAAGUAUUGAUAAAUUACUCAAGGAAAUAUAUAUAAUUCAAAAGGUUUGUUGUAAAUUAUGGCUCAUCAUGUGAUUGAAAGUUUAUUUGUAUGUUUAAUAAAAACAAUUAUAUAUAUAUAUAUAUAUAUAUAUAUAUAUAUAUAUAUAUAUAUAUAUAUAUAUAUAUAUAUAUAUAUAUAUAUAUAUAUAUAUAUAUAUAUAUAGUCUUAGAAUACACCAGUUUUGUUUGAAGAAAGGAAAUUAUUACUCCACAUGGUAGUAUGCAAAUGUGAAAGAAAGAAAGAGAGAGAGAGAGAGAGAAUUCUGUUGCAGUUUGAAGAUGCUAAGGAUUAGCAGUUCUUUUCUACACUUGAUAAUCAGUGGAGCAGUGCAUAAACAAAGAUACUGGCAAGGGAAUGUGCUGUGCACCAUACUGUUUAUAGUCAUGUUUUUUCAGGUUACAAUUUUUGUUAACUGCUAAGUGUGUACCUGUAUACUGUCAGUGGAUAUUUAUGUAAGUCUACCAUAACUUAAGGUCACUGAAAUUUUCUUUUUAUUCAGUAUCACACUGAAUCCUACCUCCAUCCUCCAUGUUACUCAUAAAAUGACUGUACCUUAACUCAUCAAUACUUUGUAUCUUCAAUAAUUUAUAAUUUAUUUCA